AUAUUUCAGAAGUUAUUGGCAGAAAUAGAACCAGUAGUACAAGCAGAAUAUGAAUUCAUCGUCAAAGUGUUUCAUCUUGGUAUUGAUGGUUCUAAUGAUUCACCAACGGAACCUGAAAACCCAACAGAAUUUACUGAUGGCAUCCGGCUAAGUAAACCUAAAAAUAGUCCUGUGGCAGACAAAAAAGCCAAUGAUGAAGUCAGGCGUAUGAUGGGUGAAAUGUUUCAAAAUCUAGAAGGAGAACUUCAAACAUUCAUAGCAUAUGCAGAUAAAAUUGAUAAUUUUUAUUCCAUGUAUAUGCUAGUACGUAUUGGACACGAAGUUAUGAUUGUACGUGAUAAGGAAACCAGCCUCUUUCUGAGUGUUGUACUUGCUAACUCAUUGGUACAAGUCAAAAGAUUAUUUGAUAAAUACAUUGUAGAUUCUCCUGUUAAAUCGACUGAAUUCCUUCCAAAGACUGACUAUAGUGGUUAUGGAUGUUGUGGAACUCUUGGGACAGACGAAAUCGUGUUUACGUGGAAUUUAGUGACUGGCAGAAGAAAUUGGAGUACAACCAAUACUGGUAAACUUAGUCCCAGCAGUUCACAGAACUGGGGGACACAUAAUUCAAAUAUAAACAGUAAUCCGGGUAGUGCUAAUGACUGGGGUAAAUCUCAUGGUGCAACAGGGAGCAAUUCCCAGGGAUGGGGAACUAGUGGACAGAAACCAACCAAUCCAAACAGUAAUUCUAAUCCUACCACUCCAACCGUUGGCCAGGCUUGGGGUGGCAAUCAACAAGUUAAUGCUUGGGGUACCCCAGUUACCCCAACACAAACAAGUACUUCAGGAUGGGGUGGAAAUACAGGGAGUAGUAGUACAGAAAACUCCUGGGCAAAGACUGCCAACAAGGGAAAUGUGCAAGAUCCACGACAAGAGGAAACUCAGCCAAAUAAGAAAUCUUUAGAUGCAAUUAUUGAAGAAGCUGUCAAUAGCAAUGAUGGGUGGGGCAAGACGCCUGUUAAACAGAAUACUGCCUGGACUAAAGAUAAAUCACCACCUGCGGUGAACAAAGAAUCAAAUACUUGGGAGACACCUGCUGAACAUAAGAACGGAACCCAAGCAUGGGGGGCAAGCAAGAAAGCGAAUGAAGAUAGUGGUAAUGCAUGGGGUAAGACAAACAGUUGUGACAAUGGUGGUACCAGUAGUGGUGCUUGGGGUAAUGCGGAAACUGGUGAAUGGAAUAGUAGUAAUCACUGGAACAGCAGCAGCCAUGACCUGACAGGCACCGGUGUAUGGGCAAAGAAUGUCAACAACAAUGGUAAUGGCAGUGGUAAUGGUAAUGAACGUAAUCCUGGCAGUGGCAGCAUCCCAGUUAACGCUAGUGGCCCAGUUAAUUCUGGUCCCAAUGCUGGUGGUAAUGCAUGGGGCAAUCACAAUCAGCAGCAAAGUACUAAUCCAAAUGAAGAGAGAAAGGUAUGGAGAAGCAAUAGCAGCAAUACACAGCCACAACAGCAGCAGCAACCACCAGUACCAGACAGUACUAGACACAAUAGCUGGGCUGGUAGUAGCAGUACUAAUAGUAAUCCCACUGGUUGGGGUAGUGCUGCUCAUACUGGUAAUCAUAACAUGGACAUUGCUAGUCCAUCUUGGGGAAACCCGCCUAUCAAUGAUACUGGUUCUAGUGCAUGGGGUGGGAGCAGCACCCAUUCUAGUGUAACAACACCAACUACCCCUAAGACACCCAGUAAGAUCACAGGUCCUGGUUGGAUUGGUAUCGACCCACAUGAAGUAACCGCUGAUAUAAAACCAACUGGUUGGGAUGAACCAUCUCCACCAACAGCACGCAAACAACCUCAAGUGGAUGAUGGUACCUCAGCAUGGGGCAACCCAUCUGAGGUAAAUGCCAAGGCUACGAUGCAAUCCAAUUGGACAAACCCACCUUCUAACCAACGUAACAGUACUAUGCAAGCUCAGCAACCUGUGAUGGGUAGCUCUACAGGACAACAGCCUAUAAGACCAACUGUCCAACAGAACAUCAUGCCACAAGCCUCGCAGAUGAAACCAGACAAUGGAACCUCUGUUUGGGGCGGGGCUGCCCCCAACGCACACAAGGUUUCCAGUUGGGGAGAUCCAACUCCACAAACCAAUCACAAGGUGGAUGACGGUACCUCAGCUUGGAAAGUUGCUGCACCACCCCGCGGGUCAUCUGGCUGGGGAGAGCCUCCAUCUGAUACAAACUGGAACAACAGUGGUAUGAAUUCCAAGGAAUCUAUGCAAGAUGAUCCAUCUAUAGGUCAUUGGGGAGAUGAAGAUCGUUGGGAGAAAGGAUCUCAGGACAGUGAAUCAUCUCGUGGUAGUGGGGGAUGGAUCAAGGUAAAACAAAGGGGUGCUAAUACUAAACCUCCACCAUCAAAAGAUGUCAACACUGCUUGGAUGAAUAAAUAUUUAAAACAACUCAUGGAUAUGGGCUUCAAGAGAGAAUUGGCUGAAAGGGUAUUGAAGAAAAACAGUAUGAACAUGGAGGGUGCAGUAGUCAGAUUGAAAACUAUGCUGAAUGGAACUGGUGGUUUUGCAGUGAAACAAGAUUCUAUGUUUGGGUGCACAUCUCCUGGAUCUUUCAUAAGUGAGCUGCUUGGAUUGGGACAAGAUGCUAAUGAUCCUGCAAAGCAAGGUAUAGACAGCUUGGAACGUCAUCGCAAAGAAUCAGUUCAUUCCGUGCAUUCCUUACAGCAAAGUUCAGAUGGAUCAACACCCUCAACGCCACUGAACAAAGAACUAGAGAACUUGUCACUCAACGACAACCAAACUCAAGAGAAUAAAUCUUUCUUGCCAAUAGGCGAUAAUCAGCAAUCAAUUUCCUCUUCAAAUGCUUUGUCUCCGUCCUCUAUUCUUCCUAAUCAUGUGCAACUGAAUCAGCAGCAACUGCCUUUCAACAAGCAAGGUUUGAAUCAGGGUAUGAUAUCAUCUAACAUUGCCAAUCCCAGCAUUACUGGCCAAGUGACUCAGCAACAGCAGUUACAGCAACGUCUUGCUUCUUUACAACAACAACAACAACAACAAGCUCAACUGUUACAGCAGCAACAGCAGCAGCAACAACAGCAACAAGGAUUGAGAAAUAUGGUACCACAGCAGCAACAAAUGUUACAGCAGCAGCAACAGCAACAGCAACAACAGUUGAUGAUGCAGCAAGUGCACUCCCUUCUCCGGCUUGCUGCGCAAGCUGGUUUAAUCCAACCAAAUAUGCUACAUCAGCAGGUCACACCGCAGCAAGUUGUAAUGGUCAAUCAACUUUUCCAGAUGCACCUUAACUACACUAAAUUGGUGCAGCAGCAACAGUUACUGCAGCAGACGCAGAAUGCAGCUGGUGGGAAGCCAGGUAUGGGUGGAAUGUUGCCACAAAGACAGCAGGAGUUACAACAUAGGAUUACAGCCAUACACCAGCAGAUAAUACAGCAACAACGUCAAUUAAAUCUCCAGCAGCAGCAGAUGCAACAGAAGCAGAAACUGGAAAGCACAUCAUCUGAUGGGCCUUCUGCCAAUGCUUUGGGAAUCAAUUCUUCUGAUGUGAAUCAAGAUUUGGGUCCUAAAGAAUCUCGCUUGCAACAAUUCUUCAACAAACAAUCCAAUAAGCCUUCAGAUAUCUUCGGCAGUCAGUUUGGCACUGACCACCAUGCUGCUCCUUCCAUGCAUACCAGUCAAUCAAUGCCAGUACUCCAUGAUCAUUGGGCACGAGACACCUCGCCAGGACCUCUGGACAAUCCAGAUGUAGGAGACUCAUGGCCGUCAUCUAGACCAGAUAUCAAUCCUACCAAUCUGCCUAAUGACCUCCCACCAGAAUUUAAACCUGGGGUGCCCUGGAAAUACCAAACAAAAGAUGUUGAAAAUGAUCCCGAUGCCACUCCCGGUAGUGUCACACAGUCUAUCUUGUCCAUUGGCCUGGGCCCUACUCUAGGAACGAAUAAUAUGAACAGGAGCUCUUCUCGAGAAGACUUGGUGCAGCGUGAAAAUGAGAUUCGUGGUCUUCUUAUAAAACCAAUGCAGCCACCAACUUCAUCACCAUCAAUAUCAUCAGCAGCAUCUCCAGGAGCACCUACAUCCUGGCCCACAUCAUCGUUUCCUCCAACGGCUGCACCACCUCCACCCAGCAAUAAAAAAUCAGCAUGGAAUUAUCCUGAAAACUAUCAACAAAGUUAUCCACCCACUUCACUAACAGCAGCAUUAUGGAACGUGCCGUUCAAACAAACCAGUGCCCCAACUCGUCCACCGCCAGGGCUGGCUCCCCAGCCCAAACCUUCUUGGAGUACUGGUGGAGGUAGCAGUGGUAGUGGAGUAUCUCGCAGUACUAGCUGGGAUGGUGGCAGAUCAAACUUCAUAUCAGGCUUUCCAGGGUCCUCUAACUGGGGUAGUGGUGAUAAUGUACAGCAAGACAUGCCAAAUAAUUGGUUGGUGCUGAGAAACUUAACACCCCAGAUUGAUGGUUCAACUUUGCAAACGUUGUGUAAACAGCAUGGUCCUCUGCAUACAUUCCAUCUGAAUCUGUCCCAAGGACAAGCUCUUAUUCAAUAUGGUACUCGUGAUGAAGCUGCCAAAGCACAGAAAGCUUUACAUAUGUGUGUACUUGGGAACACUACUAUAAUGGCUGAAUUUUCUUCAUCUGAAAUGACACGCAUGUUAGAGCGUAACAAUCAGAGCUCUGGAUGGCCACAGUCCAUGAGUGGCAAUAAGUUUAGUGGUACAGGGGGUAGUAGUACUAACACUGGUACUAAUGCUGGUAGUAGUGGGACAUCCAGUAGUAGCAGCAGUAGCAGUGGUGGUGGUGGUGGUGGCGGCGGAAGCGGUGGUAGUGGUGGCAUGUCUCAUUGGAGUGGUUCUACUACUGGAAUUAAUUUACCAAGCCUGCCUGGCAACCAUUUGUGGUCCAUGCAGGCAACGCCUACUCCUAGCAGUCCAUGGGGGGGAGGUAAUGGAGAUGCCGACCAUAUUUCCAGUCCCACCUCUAUGAAUUACCUUCCUGAAAACUUGUUAGGAGAAGGUUCAGUGUAAUAUUGAAAACAAAACUUUACUGUGUUUACCCAGGGGUACUGCCUUGCCAUUGAUAUUUGCCUGGGUUCACAAUGGUGUGCUUAUAUGUUUACAUGAAAUAGCCCCACGUCACAAAGCAACUCUCACCCAGGGGUUGUGGUAUUUCUUUCAGUAUCAAUUUUUUUUUGUUUGUUCAGGAAAACUUUUACAUUGUAACAAGGUGCACUUAGAACAAAGCAGGUUAUCUUUUACAUUAGCAGCAGAGAGAGAGAGAGAGAGGAUAAAAAAGUACAAAAAAAAAAAUCAGUGAAGUUAGUUUUUCUUUUUAGAAUCCCUACUGUGGUAUAUUUUGAUUGUCCAAUCAUGAGCUGAUGGAAUUGAAUGGAGCAUUACUGGUAUGCGUUGAUUGGUUGUCGUUUAUGUCAAUCAUUGCUUGAUCAAUUGAAUACUAAUCAUUUCUCAUCUUUGUCAGUCCAUCCUGUACCUUCCUAACUUUUGAAGAAUUUAAAGAAAAAAAAAACAUUGAAAAAAGCAAAAACCUAACUACCUUUUUACAUUUUUCACAGACGAGAGAUUACUGAAAUGCAACGUACAAGAUAUUUGCGACAUUUACCUUCUUACCAAAAGACUUUGUCCUUGCAAUCAUGCCAAUAUUUUUUUUUUUGUUAAAUGACUGUGCGAUAAAUAUUAAUAAUAAUUAAUAAUAAUGACUUUUCGAUGUGAUAACUUCUUCCAAAGCGUGUAAUUACAGAGUCUAAGAUAUGCCUUUUUAUGUGUGUGGCCACUUUUUGCCAUGGAAUUUAUCUAUUUUCCAUAUACAAAAGUGUCUAUGCGUAGAAACCCAAAAAAAGUUAAAAACAAAAAAAAAAAACACCACAAAAAAAAAUCUAAAUAAAAUUGAAACUAGGCAUCCUGAAAACGGAAGCUUUUAUGUGUGUGAGAUAUGUUGUUUAUAUGUUUCUUCUGUAUAAUGACAAUGAUGGUAUUGUUUACUACUUAGCAUGGCAAUGGUUCGUUCUAGAGUAUUUGAGACAGACCCUGCUGUACUUAUAUGGGUGCAUUUGGUCAUCUCAUGGCUAUUAAAUAUAUAAAAAAAAUGUA